AUGGCGUCGGAUUGGAAAAAAGCAUUGGGCUUCACCGAUCGCCUGACAGCCAUCCAAUCUCUGACCAUUGCCUACCAGGAUGUUUCGUCAUCGGCUGCUUUCACGGAGGCACAAUCCCAAGCCAAGAAAUUUGAGAGCGAGGCUUAUGAGCGGGCCACCUCCAAGGACGAAUAUGAACAACUCUGUCAGCAGGCAAUUGAUGCCGCCGAGUCCGAGUCAGUAGCUCCUGGGGUUGGUAGUCCCGAUCCAGGGCAUAAUGAACCCGAAGAGGAAUCUUGGGACAUAGGCGAGACCAUCGGGCCGUAUCGGGCUUGUAUGCCCCAUUUCGACGGACUUCAUUCCACCAUAUAUAAGUCAAGACGCGAGGAUGGGACCCUGGUGGCCGUCAAAGUGACCGUGCCUCACCUCUUAACGGCACCCCACGACGCUCAGCGUGAGAUCGAGCUUCUGCGAGAGGCCGCCAACAUUCAUAUAAUCCCCUUGAUAGAAACUUUGAAACCCGAGGGAGGGAAACUCGUUCUGGUGUUCCCCUUUGUGAAAUAUGACUUCGAGCAGCUGCUCCGUCGUGGUAUGGUUACGGCCGGUCAAACGAGGUCCCAUUUGCGCGACAUGUUCAGUGCACUGGCACAUUUACAUGGAUUGGGGAUACUACACCGCGACAUAAAGCCAUCCAACAUUCUGAUGGAUUCGCCCGAUGGACCAGCCUACCUCGCUGACUUUGGCAUUGCCUGGAAAGAAGGGCAGAAGUCUUCCGAGCCGGCCGAUCAGAAGAUAACGGAUGUUGGGACCACCUGCUACCGACCCCCGGAGAUCCUGUUCGGAUUCAAGGAGUACGGGGUUGCCCUUGAUCUAUGGGCAGCAGGAUGUGUCGUUGCAGAAGCAAUAUCUGUCGGGCACAAGCAGUUGUUUGACUCUGGACCCCUGGGGAGCGACCUCUCCCUCAUCCAGUCUAUCUUUACAACACUGGGCACCCCAGACCAAGAUACCUGGCCGGAGACUCAGAAACUUCCCGACUGGGACAAAGUCCAAUUCUAUAAAUACCCAGCACAGGCAUGGGACAGCAUUCUCAAGGGGGCAUCUUCUAAAGGCCGUGACCUUGUGAGCCAAUUAGUGCGUUACGAAAGUAGCCAACGCAUACCCGCCACCGAGGCUCUGAAACACCCCUAUUUUUCGGCCGCAUAA